UGCACCAUUUGUAACGAUUUGUUAAAUGUUUUCGGGAGAAAAGUUUUUUAGUCUUAAAUAUUGGCAAAGAGUGACAACCACUUGGUACUGGCAGAAAGCAACAACAAAAACACUGUUAAGCAGAGGUACAGAUACAAUAUGUGUGUGUGAAGAAAUAUGUUGUGAUUUGUAGAAGCAUGUGCGAAACCAGUCUUGUAAGAAAACUAUUGCUUUGGAACAUGUGAUCAUUUAUUUUCCUUCGUAAUUUUCUUAUUGUACUGAAACAUCAUUUUUACAAACCAGUGACUUUAAGUUUGGUUUGUGAAUAUUCCUGUAUUGGAAAAUGCGAACUCACAGUUAUGAAGAUAUUAUUUUAUCAAUCAUUGUAGAAAAUUAGUAACCUCAAAAUACACUUGUCAAUACUAUGUGUCAGUGUGUUUUAAAUCAUUUUCUUGUAGAUUAAAUCUUUAAGUAUAUAUAACAAUGUUGACUACUGAUGAAAAUUUCAGAUGCAAAAUAUGUGAUUCCUUACUUGCGGAUAGCAGUAGUCUUAAAACACAUUUGACAAUUCACACUGGUAAAAGGAAUUAUGAAAAUGCAAUAUGCUACCGUUCAUUUUCGCAAAGCAGGCAUCCUAAAACACAAAGAACAAUACACAUUGAUGAUAUGAAUCAUGAAUGUGAAAUAUGUGUACACAAAUGUCAUCUUAAAAAUCACAUGAAAAAAUACACUGGUGAAAAGAAUUAUGAAUGUGAAAUGUGUGAAUAUUCCACUUUGCACAGAAGUAGUCUUAAAAUGCACAUAAGAGUACAUACUGGUGAGAAGAAUUAUAAAUGUGAACUUUGUCACCGUUCAUUUUCACAAAGUGGUUAUCUUAAAACACAUAUGACAAUACACACUGGUGAGAGAAAUUAUCAAUGUGAAAUAUGUCACCGUUCAUUUUCUCAUAGCAGUAAUCUUAAAAAACAUAUGACAAUACAGACUGGUGAGAAGAAUCAUGAAUAUAAAAUAUGCCAGUGUUCAUUUUCUCAGAGGGAUUCUCUUCAACAACAUAUGACAAUACACACUGGUGAGAAGAAUCAUGAAUGUGAAAUAUGCCAUCGUUUAUUUUCUCAGAGGGCUUCUCUUAAACAACAUAUGACAAUACACACUGGUGAGAAGAAUCAUAAAUGUGAAAUAUGCCAUAAUUCAUUUUCUCGAAGUGGAGAUCUUAAAAAACAUAUGACAAUACACACUGGUGAAAAGAAUCAUGAAUGUGAAAUCUGUCAUAAAUCAUUUUCUCGGAGCAGUAAUCUUAAAAAACAUAUGACUAUACACACUGACGUUAAGGAUAGAUCUUUUAAGGGUCGUCAAAGCCGAUAUAGGCAUAUGAAUAUCCAUACUAAUAAAAUUAUAUAUAAAUGCAAAUAUUGCAUCUUCAAGUGCUCCAACAGUUGUGAGAUAAAACAACAUACGAGAAGGCACAAAAAAGAGAAACUUUAUAAAUGUGAUAAAUCAUUUUUAAAGAAAAAAGAUCUUGAAUCGCACGUUGAGAUGCACAUUUAAGUAGACAAAAAUAUAUGCAAACCGUUUUAGCACUAUAUCUAUCAUGCAUAUCGUAUGAAAUGCUAUUAACUCUGGUAUACUGCUGAGACCGGAAGACAUAAUGACACAGCAAAAAAAAGAAGGAAAAAAACAGGUUACACAAAUUAUGUUCAGUACUAAAAACUGUUGAAUUUGAAUUUAACAUUCUUCUGUUUUGUGUUAGGUUUGAAGAUUUACCAUAUAGAUAAUUAGGGGCGAUUUCUUGCAUACAAAUGUAAAUAUUACUUUAUAUACUGUGUAUACUUUUUUUAACCUC